CAGGAAGGAGACAGAGACUGAGACGAAAGGAGGAGGCCGGCAGAUGGGCGGGGCGGGGGACCGGGGGAGCGGCAACCGUCGCAGCGGCCGGGAUGCCGCUGGGGAGCUUCUCCCCUCCGCAGAACGGCUGUGGAGCCGGCCUGGUGCUGGGCCCGUGACCCGGAGGCCGCGGCGGCGGCGGCGGGGGGGCAUCCCGUCGGACCCGAGGCUGCGCUGAGGGCCUUGCUACGAGAGCGGCGCCAUGCCGUGCACCUGCGGGAACUGGCGGCGCUGGAUCCGGCCGCUGGUGGCCACCAUCUACGUGGUGGGGCUGCUGGUGGUCCUGCCGCUGUGCGUGUGGGAGCUGCAGAAGCUGGAGGUUGGAAUCCAAACCAAGGCAUGGUUUAUUGCUGGAAUCUUUUUACUGAUGACGAUACCAAUAUCUCUUUGGGGAAUAUUGCAACAUUUGGUUCAUUAUACUCAACCUGAAUUACAAAAACCAAUAAUAAGGAUUCUAUGGAUGGUGCCAAUUUACAGUCUAGACAGUUGGAUAGCAUUGAAAUACCCCAAAAUUGCAAUUUAUGUGGAUACUUGUAGAGAAUGCUAUGAAGCCUAUGUCAUCUAUAACUUCAUGGUCUUUCUUUCAAAUUAUCUGACCAAUCAAUAUCCAAAUCUGGUAUUAAUCAUAGAAGCAAAAGAUCAGCAGAAACAUCUACCACCAUUGUGCUGCUGUCCACCUUGGGCUAUGGGAGAGGCACUGUUGUUCAGAUGCAAGCUGGGUGUUUUGCAGUAUACUGUUGUCAGACCAUUCACCACUAUUAUCGCUUUAAUCUGUGAACUUGUUGGCGUAUAUGAUGAAGGGAAUUUCAGCUUCAAAAAUGCUUGGACAUACUUAGUCAUAUUCAACAAUAUGUCUCAGCUUUUUGCCAUGUACUGCCUUGUAUUGUUUUAUAAAGUACUGCGGGAAGAACUAAACCCAAUCAAACCUGUGGGCAAGUUUCUGUGUGUCAAGAUGGUGGUUUUUGUUUCUUUUUGGCAAGCUGUAGUUAUUGCAUUGUUGGUGAAAGUUGGUGUUAUCUCUGAGCAUAAUACAUGGGAAUGGAACAGUGUAGAAGAGGUGGCAACUGGAUUACAAGAUUUUAUCAUCUGUGUGGAGAUGUUCUUUGCUGCAAUUGCUCAUCACUACAGUUUUUCCUACAAGCCUUAUGUGCAAGAAGCGGAAGAAGGCUCUUGCUUUGAUUCCUUUCUUGCAAUGUGGGAUAUUUCUGAUAUCCGGGCAGAUGUAUCUGAACAGGUUCGCAAUGUUGGAAGAACAGUAUUUGGUCAACCAAGAAAAAUGUUUUUUGGUGAAGAUCAUGAACAGAAUGAACAUACAAGUUUACUGUCUUCAUCCACUCAAGACCCUAUUUCUGCUUCCUCUUCCAUACCAUCGUCUCCUGUGGGUCACUAUCAAGGGUUUGGACACACUGUGACUCCAACAAUGCCUACUGAACCAACAUCUGAUAGACUCUAUAACUCUUUGGAAGAGAGAGAGAAUUCUGAUAUUCCAACAGAAAAGAUUGUGGAUUAAAUUUGCUUAAACCUCAGACUGCCCUCCCAUUCUUCCCAGAAAUGUGUCAAGCUCUGACAAAACACUACAGAAGACAAAUUAGCACAGACGAUUGGAAUUCCAGUUCAGUACUGAUUCUUUGAAUUAUAUAUAUGGAAUGGAGUCUCUUACUAUGCUGAGGUGAAAUGUAUGUACCAAACAUAGUUAUAAGACUUCAGGACUAUGAUAUGACAUGUAUUAAAUCAUUGAAUUAAAAUGGUAAAAUAAUUUAUGGAGCAUAGUUGGAAACCUUGAGCACAGGUUUGUAAUGAAAUUCAGUUAGAUGAAGAAGGUAUGCAGUUUAAUCCAGAAACCCAGAGGUGAGGCCAAAGAUUUUUCUGAUUUCUCCUUCAAUCCAAUGAAUCCUUCAGACUUGUACUUGUUCCAUUCCAGAACAUUAUCUUGAAUGAGUCAGACUUCUUACAGAACUACUAAGUUGGUAGUCCUCACCUGUGAUCAUGUUCAGUACCAGCAUGCUUGUUCCACAGUCAAGCUAAGCAGAAGUGCUUGAAGUUAAACUGCAUACAUUUGUUGGCUUGCUAGUAAAGUAACAAAACAGCUUCUGCUACCUGUUCAAUGGAUUUGCAUUGGAAGUUGCUUUAGAGGGAGUGAAUUAAAAGGCAUCUGAAUUAGUGUUACAAAAUCGAAUUAUUUAACACAUGGAAAAAACCCUGCUCAGUCCUUUGUUUCUGGAGCAGUCUCUAACUUCAUGUAGUAUAUUUCCCACUGUUUAUCAAAUGUGUAUUCUGUGAUAUGGAUACCGUUUUAUCGGCUCUUAAUCUUGAACUCUUAGUCAAGAUUUAUGGAAGGCAAAUAUACUAAGUAGAAUAAAGUUAUUUAAGUAACACUAAUGGUGUUAGAUAAGGAAUGUAACAAAUUAGUGUUCUAAGAUUUAAUUGCACAUCUGACUAAAUGAAGAGGGUUUUCUGAUCCAUUAUCACAUUUGUACUGCAUUGCAUGUUUGCCAUCUUACUUUCAUGUAGAAAGCUGCAAGCAAGGUUUGCAUUUUUAAGUGGCAUCUUCAGAGGGAGAAAACCCCUAUUUUUCAGGAUUUAGAUGCUCUUUAUAAAGCCCUGGAGGUUUUUAACAUAUUUGUGGCUGUUACAAUGAAAUCUUACAAGUGCUUAUGCGGUACUAGUGUGUCUUGUAAAUAUUUAGCCUUAUUCACUAGGCUGCAUAUUUAAUGGCUAAAUGGUGCGUCUUUAA